UUUUUCCAAAUAGAAUAGACAACUGUGAAAGCAAAGCACAACCUUUGACCAACUCUCUCUCUUCCUCUGCAACGACGACUAUCACCAUUCUUCCCCUUAGACCGUUGAAAUUUAUUAUAUACUACUAUUCCAUAUUAUUAUUGAACUUUAACCAAAAAAAAAAAAAAAAAAGAACCACAGCAAGAGAACCAUUAUUACAGUUUCUUCAAUCUCUGUGAUUUAUAUGCCAUUCUCAAUUUUCCAAGAAAGUUCAAGAAAGUAAAAAAUCUUUUCUUGAAGCUUUUUGUUGAUCUCUUUGUGACGUUUGCUUCAAUUAUACUGUGUUCUCUGCUUCUUUUGGGAUUAGGGUUUUGAUUACUUUUUCUGGGUUUUUGACUGUUGAAGAUGUGGAGUAGUAUGUGAAGCUGUGGGUGAUUUGUAAUGAGGAAAAUCUAAGUUUUAGGUGGUGGCGGUUGUGGUGAAUUGGACUGGGUGGAGUAAUGGAUCAAUGGAUAUUGGGGAUCUUGGGCUUUGUCUCAGCUUUUCUUUGCUUAAUUGGGCUGCUGUUGGUUCCUGUCUCCGCUAAUAUUGAAGGUGAUGCAUUGAAUGCGCUGAAGACCAACUUGGCUGAUCCUAACAAUGUUUUACAGAGUUGGGAUCCAACCCUUGUCAAUCCUUGUACUUGGUUUCAUGUGACCUGCAACAGUGAGAAUAGUGUAACUAGAGUUGAUCUUGGAAAUGCAAAUUUGUCGGGUCAACUCGUUCCACAGCUUGGUCAACUCCCGAAUUUGCAGUACUUGGAACUUUAUAGUAAUAAUAUAAGUGGAAGAAUUCCUUUUGAACUGGGGAAUUUGACGAAUUUGGUGAGCUUGGAUCUUUACCUGAACAGGUUAAAUGGUCCAAUCCCUGACACAUUGGGCAAGCUUCAGAAACUGCGUUUCCUGAGGCUUAACAAUAACAGUUUGAAUGGACGUAUUCCCAUGUUGCUAACCACAGUCAUUUCACUUCAAGUGCUUGAUCUGUCAAACAAUAAUUUAACAGGACCUGUUCCAGUCAAUGGUUCCUUUUCACUUUUCACUCCUAUCAGUUUUGCUAAUAAUCCAUUGGAUAUUCCUCCAGCUGCUCCACCUCCUCCUAUUUCUCCGACGCCCACUUCUUCCUCAGGUGUGGGCAACAGUGCAACCGGGGCGAUUGCUGGAGGAGUUGCUGCCGGGGCUGCUCUUCUGUUUGCAGCUCCUGCAAUUUUGCUUGCUUGGUGGCGUCGAAGGAAACCACAAGAUCACUUCUUUGAUGUUCCUGCUGAGGAGGAUCCAGAAGUUCAUCUUGGACAACUCAAGAGGUUUUCCUUGCGCGAAUUACAAGUUGCAACAGACAAUUUUAGCAACAAGAAUAUACUUGGUAGAGGAGGAUUUGGCAAGGUUUACAAGGGUAGGUUGGCUGAUGGCUCUUUAGUUGCAGUUAAAAGAUUAAAAGAAGAGCGUACUCAAGGCGGGGAGUUACAGUUUCAGACAGAAGUAGAAAUGAUUAGCAUGGCUGUGCAUCGAAAUCUACUUCGUUUAUUGGGCUUUUGCAUGACAGCAACUGAACGGUUGCUUGUUUAUCCAUAUAUGUCGAAUGGAAGUGUUGCUUCGCGCUUAAGAGAGCGACCAGAAUCAGAUCCACCACUCGAGUGGUCAAUAAGGAAGCGUAUAGCACUUGGAUCUGCAAGAGGCCUUGCUUAUUUACAUGAUCAUUGCGACCCUAAGAUCAUUCACCGUGAUGUCAAAGCUGCAAAUAUAUUGUUGGAUGAGGAGUAUGAAGCAGUUGUUGGGGAUUUUGGGUUAGCCAAACUCAUGGACUACAAGGAUACUCAUGUUACCACUGCUGUACGUGGUACAAUUGGGCAUAUCGCCCCCGAGUAUUUAUCCACUGGUAAAUCUUCAGAGAAAACGGAUGUGUUUGGCUAUGGAGUUAUGCUUCUAGAGCUCAUAACUGGGCAACGGGCUUUUGAUCUUGCUCGACUUGCAAAUGAUGAUGAUGUCAUGUUGCUAGAUUGGGUCAAGGGACUUCUGAAGGACAAGAAGUAUGAAACAUUAGUAGAUGCAGAUCUUCAAGGUAAUUACGAAGAAGAAGAGGUGGAACAGCUUAUUCGGGUAGCUCUUCUCUGUACAGGGAGCUCGCCAAUGGAACGUCCAAAGAUGUCAGAAGUGGUGAGAAUGCUUGAAGGUGAUGGCCUAGCUGAGAGGUGGGAAGAAUGGCAGAAAGAGGAGAUGGUCCGUCAGGACUAUCCUGCUCACCACCCUCACACUGAUUGGAUUAUCGCAGACUCCACUUAUAAUCUACGACCUGAUGAGUUAUCAGGGCCAAGAUGAUCGAUCUUCCUGCAAUUCUGCCAGCAGCACAUAUAGGACUCAUUAUCCUCGUUGUAUUUGUAAUUGCCCAAUUUUCAUCUUUGUGCAUAUUAUUUUCCUUCUUUUUCAUUUUUAAGCUUAUAUUUGUAUGUCAGGAAUUUUGAUGACAUCAGAAUGUCUAUAGUAUACUGAGUCAUUUUUACAGGUUUGAAUGUGAAGUUAAUCCACAGCAGGAAUGGCUGUGGAAGCACAAAUGUAUUUUCUUUUUCUGGAUGUAUCAGAUAGUGGGUGUUUGUUAGACAAAUAAACACACAACUUUACAGUACUAAAAUUUUCAGUUGCCUGCCAA